UUCGAACACGUGGGUAAACAAAACAACAUUUGAAAUAUAUACAGUAAAAUAACAUUACAGCAUAACAAGUAGGACAUUAUGGUAAAAUAGUAUGGCAGACAGUGAUAUAAGACAUUUGUUUGAACAGUUGAAUCUGACGGAAAAGACCGCUUUCUCCCUGGAGAAAACCAAAGAGGACUACAUAUUAGAUAUCUCUGUGCAAGAAAGAAGUAACACAUUAGCAGCAACAAGCAGUAAUAAAUUUAUCAGAUUGUUUUCCUACAGUAACUUAGCUACCAAAGGAAGUAUUGAUGGUCACAGUGGCCUAAUUACUGGUGUGAAGUUUGCCAAUACAGAGAGUGAUAUUUUGUUUUCAUCAUCUGAAGAUAAAACUAUUAAAUGCUGGGAUGUGAGAACAGAUCUUAAAAAGCCAGUUUCUGUAUUUGAAGGUUAUGAGGAAUCUAAUAACAUAUUUACAAGUUUUGAUGUAAGCUGUAAUGACAGAGUUAUAUGUGCUGGCUGUGCUCAGAAUAAAAAGUCAGAAGAUGUACAUUUACUGUUUUGGGAUAGAAGAGGAAAAGAAUUAUUAGGAUGUUAUAGUGAUUCACAUCAAGAUGACAUUACACAGGUAUGUUUCCAUCCGACAGAACCUGACACAUUAUCAACAGGAUCAACCGAUGGUUUGGUUUGUGUGUUUGAUAUAGGUCAACCAACUGAAGAUGAUGCUAUAGUUCUUACACUAAAUUCAGAAUCAUCUGUGGAUAAAAUUGGUUGGCAUGGUAACAAUUUAUACUGUGUGACACAUAUAGAUACAUUCUACUUAUGGGACACAAAAAAGGAGGAAGAUUUAUUGGUACUUACAGAUAUCAAAGACAAAGACAACUUGCAGGGAAAAGACUCCAUUGAAUAUCUGAUAGAUGGAUUGGUUGUUAAUGACAAGCUCCAUCUAGUGGCAGGAACACAUAAUGGAUCAUUGAGAGUUUUGGAUGUUUCUGGAGAUUCCCCAACAGUUGUCCAGUCUCUAAUAGGAGGACAUACAUCAACUGUUAGGUGUUGUUUAUGGAGUGAUAACAUGUUAGUAAGUGGAGGUGAAGAUUCUAUGUUGUGUUUAUGGUCUCACAGAAAAACUAUUCCUAAACUAGAACCAAAGGGCAAGCUGAAAGUAAAGAAAUCAGUGACAAGAAAAUCACAACCAUAUUGAAUACUAAGCAACAGAGAAUAAGUGUGGAAUAAAGUUCAAGGAGUUUGUUUAAUGAUACCAGUAUAUACUGUCAUGUAUAUAUUUAUUCUAUCAGGUCACUAUUUUAUAAAUAAUUAUGCAAUUUUAGAUAAAGUGUGUUAUGAAUAAAGAUUUUUAAUUCCAAUAAAUAAAGAAUUAUUAUACAAAUAGUGUUGAUUAAACUCCCUUGUUCUGAGUAAAACUUAUAAUCUAUUUAAAUUCAAAUCUUGAAUAUUUACAAGGUAGUUCAUGAUGCCUUCUUAAGGUCUAUGCAUGGUGUGAGUGUAUCUUUACUUCGUGUGUUUGUAUGGAUGUAUUUUACUAUCUCAGACUUGAACUUUAUUUUGGUUACAAUGGUAGUGUUGGUAUAUAUAUUGACAUUUGUUUUAUUUGAAUAAAAUUAAAUUCAA